AUGUUCCACCAGCUGCAAAUUCGGCCGGAGGACAAGCAAGCGCUGCGGUUCAUUCAUUCCAAGGGCGGGUUUGAAAUUCGGAACUGGGUGUCGAACUCCGUCAAAGUAUUGCAGCAGCUAGGUGAGUCAAAAGCGAAUCAAGUCGUUCAUUUCAAUGCCGAUAAAGCCAAGGAGAACGAGCGGGUGUUAGGUAUCGUCUGGGAACCUCAAGCGGACGUGUUCACGUUUGCGAUGAAACUACCGGAGAAUAUACAGCCCUGUCUGUCAGGGAACAAACGGCCGACCAAAAGAAUCGUCCUCAGCAUCGUGAUGAGUUUGUUUGAUCCACUGGGACUGUUGACGAUGUUUACCAUCCAUGGCAAAAUGUUGAUCCAGGACCUGUGGCGCUCGGGUUGCGAUUGGGAUGAAGUCAUCGACGAUGAUUGUCUUAAGAAGUGGCAUUGUGGCGGUUCGUUGGACUACGAUUCGUUGAAGUUACAUGUCUUCGUAGAUGCCAGCGAAGGGGCGUACGGCUGUGUGGCAUAUUUUCGUAUGCUAGUCGAUGGAGCUCCACGAUGUUCUCUGGUGCAAGCCAAAUCGAAAGUAGCACCUCUGCGAGCGUAUUCAACCCCACGUCUGGAACUCAUGGCGGCGGUUCUAGGAGCGAGAAUGGCCGAGACGAUUAGAGCGAACCAUAGUUUGACGGUGAAGCGCGUUCAGUUCUGGACAGAUUCGAGCACGGUGUAUUCCUGGAUUGUGUCAGAUCACCGCCGGUACAAAGUAUUCGUCGCAUACAGGAUCGGCGAAAUUUUAAGCAGAACGAGCCCCAUGGAAUGGCGUUGGGUUCGUACGAAACUAAACAUAGCAGACGACUUGACGAAGUGGAAGGCGGGAUUGAAGAUAGAGUCCACCAGCGCGUGGUUCACUGGACCAAAGUUUUUGUUAGAGGCGGAAGGCAAAUGGCCAAGUCCGGAGCCACCUCGGCCGAACGUGGUUGAUGACCUUCGGGCUAGCUUCUUGUUUCAUCGAGCUGAGGAAGCAAGCGGAUUGAUCGAUUGCACCAGGAUUUCAAAGUGGACCAUUACGGUCCGUAUCAUCGCCAAUGUUCUUCGGUUUGUUUCCAACAUCCGGCGAAAACAACAAGAUUUGCCGAUCGAGGUACUACUAACCGACGCGGCAGUUGGUAACAAUCGGCGAGUGGUAGCGGUUACAGUGCGGUGUAUAGAGCGAUCGUUUUCGAGGGAAGAGUACCAGGCCGCAGAAUGUCUACUGUGGAGAAUGGCGCAGGAAGAAUCAUUUGUCGAUGAGGUAACGGUCCUACGCAGGUGCAGAGAGGAAGGGUCGGUGAACUUGAGAAAUCCAGUCCGCUGUUCAAGUUCCGUUGCUGGAUGA